UAUCAAACAUGCUUCUAAGAAGUUUGAUGCUUUUGAUAUCUUUGAGCUAUGUUUUGGCUGCAGAUUCCUGGAGGAAACCUGGAUGUCACAGAAUAGGUCACACGAGAAACAUAAGUAUUCCAGACUGCGUCGAGUUUAAAAUAACUACAAACGCAUGCCGUGGCUUCUGCGAGUCUUGGUCGUUGCCUAGUAUCAUGCUGGGGUUCAAGAGGCAUCCAGUUACAUCCCUGGGUCAGUGCUGUAAUAUCAUGGAGUCUGAAGACGUUCCAGUAAAAGUUCUAUGCCUAGAUGGUGAAAGAAAUUUAAUAUUUAAAUCGGCUAUAUCCUGCGCCUGCUACCAUUGUCAAAAGGAAUAAUUUGCUAUUUUUCGGACCAUCCCAAUUAAAAUUGAAAUCUUCCUGUAAAAUAUAUUCUUUUGUCAUCCCCUAAAAUCUUAUCUUAUCUAAAGUAUUAUGAUAAAUUAGUGUUAAGGUUAAAAGUGUAACUUUCAAUAUGUUAAUUUACAAUACUGGCAAAAAUUAUUAUGAAAUCACAAGAAAUAAA